UUGAAGAGGUGGAGAGGUGCGGUGGGACGAUUGGAGAGUCCGCUGUUGACGUCAUGACGUCACCCCAGCAGCGUGUGGGACCCUGGUAGCCUCUUCGGCCCCCUCCUGUCCGGAGAGACAAGUUAUCUAGGAGGCAGCCGAAGGGCCAGUCACCUCCUCACAUCUUUUCUGCAUCUACCAGAAUCACCGUAAUACUUCCUGUAUGGUGGAUAUUAUUUUCAGCUCUUCUUUCUUGGAUGAUAUGGGGGAUCAUUCCAAAAAGAAGCCAGGAUUCGCGAUGUGUGUCGGAUGUGGAAGCCAGAUCCAUGACCAGUACAUACUCAGAGUGUCUCCCGACCUGGAGUGGCAUGCAGCCUGCCUGAAGUGCGCAGAGUGCAGCCAGUACCUGGAUGAGACCUGCACUUGCUUUGUCCGGGACGGAAAAACUUAUUGCAAAAGAGAUUAUGUAAGGCUUUUUGGAAUAAAAUGUGCAAAAUGCAACCUGGGCUUCAGCAGCAGCGACUUGGUGAUGCGGGCUCGGGAUAACGUGUAUCACAUCGAGUGCUUUCGGUGCUCGAUGUGCAGCAGGCAGCUGCUGCCGGGAGACGAGUUCUCCCUGCAGGAAGGAGAUCUGCUGUGCCGGGCGGACCACAGCAUGCUGCUGGAGAGGACCUCCGCGGGGAGCCCCAUCAGUCCCGGACACAUCCACUCCAACAGACCGCUGCACAUGGCAGACCCAGUGACGGUGCGGCAGGCCCCGCAUCGGAACCACGUUCACAAGCAGUCAGAGAAGACGACUCGCGUAAGGACGGUGCUGAACGAGAAGCAGCUUCACACGUUGCGAACCUGCUACAACGCGAACCCGCGGCCGGACGCGCUGAUGAAGGAGCAGCUGGUGGAAAUGACCGGCCUCAGUCCCAGAGUCAUCCGGGUGUGGUUCCAGAACAAGCGCUGCAAGGACAAGAAGAAAUCCAUCCUCAUGAAGCAGCUUCAGCAGCAGCAGCACAGUGAUAAGACUGUAAGCAUCUUCAACCUGCAAGGCCUUACAGGGACCCCCCUUGUCGCUGGAAGUCCCAUUCGGCAUGAGAGCACGGUGCAGGGGAACCCAGUGGAGGUUCAGACAUACCAGCCUCCAUGGAAAGCCCUGAGUGACUUUGCCCUGCAGAGUGACCUGGACCAGCCAGCCUUUCAGCAACUGGUUUCCUUCUCGGAAUCCGGUUCCCUUGGGAAUUCAUCUGGCAGCGACGUGACUUCCUUGUCCUCCCAGUUGCCGGACACCCCUAACAGUAUGGUUCCCAGCCCGGUGGAGACGUGAAACGGGGUCACACAUGCAAGACCUUAAAACUACCCCCUCCUCCUCCCUUCACCACCAACACUAAGAUGACCACCACCUCCUGCAAGGACAGUUUGCAGCAUGAUCCCAGUCCCCCCAAGUCCUGCAUGCGACCAGCUCAUCACAUGGCCUCGACCCAGAGAGGAGUUUUUUUUUUUUUGUUGCUGUUUUGUUUGUUUCCUGAUGGAAAAAGGAACCAACAGAGCAACCAUUGACUUUGCAUUUUUUGUGUGCUUUUUUUGAGAUCUUGAUAACAAACACUAAGCAGAACAAUUGAUGCAUGAUCGAAGAUGUACAGAGGAUUUCCAACUGGAUAUACUUAAACAAACAGAAAGGAAAAAAAAGAGAAGAGGCCUCAGAAACAUUUGGGACCAUUUUCACCCAUGCAGACGGACUCUCUGCAUUAUCAGUGUGCUCAUACUGUGUCUUGUUUCUUCAAUAUGAGACCAUUUUUGAUACAUUUACUGCUUUUUGUCUUAAGGUCAGAGCAUGAUAAUCUGCAAAGUAUUGGUGUUGUAAAAUACUUUAUCUUUGAGGCGGGAUGCAGGUUGUUUGAGCUCCGCGAACAAAAAGUUAAAUUAUUGUUAUAUUAUUUAUUCUUAGGAAAGCAAUUCGUUAAAGGAAUAUUAACUGAUAAAAUAAAAAAGAGGAACAUACAGCUGUCUUCGUGGACGGUGAUUGCGCUGGCGCACUAUUUUAUUUUAUUUUAUUGCAAAACUAGUCGAUUUUUAUUUCUUUCAACCACAUCAAACCAUGCUUUUAUUUCCUCCAUUAAAGUCGAGUUUGUAGAUAAAAACACGGUACGACUCAUGUUAGGGAAAAAAUGGCUUGUUUGUUGGAUGAUUUUCUCCACUGCUAAAAAAAACAAGUCCUACCGGCGCGCAUUUCUGACGCGCCUAACGAGUCUGUCACGUUGAACCCUUAAAGCUGACCCGAAGCCCACAGGCUGCGCUGCCUUAUCACCGCGCUCCAUCUCGCCGUGUUUUCCCUUCAGUAAUGUGGCAGGAGUCGGCCAGUGGUCAUUUACUAUCUUGGGGGCAAAAAUCUGCUGUAAAUUGUACUCAGUCCAGUUCCUCUGGUUGAGCCAAGCUGGUACAGACAGCGCGCAUAGGGAUCGGCGACCUCUUAUCUGGUCCUGGCAUCACCUGCAAACGAUACAGUGACUGAAGCCACAACAAACUAAACACCCCCACCUUAGACACACACACACACCACGUCAAAAAAAGACCCCAGAACGGAGGGAACAGGGAGCAGCUCGUGUAGGGUCACUUCUCCUCCUCAGUUUAUUUUCCUUCUCUGAACUGCGUUAUUUCUGUCGGGUCGGUCGGGAUGAAGUCUGUGCGCAGAAACCAGACCUAAUGCUUGUUGGUUUAUAUCAUUUCUUUUAAUUGAAUGUUGAGAUGACUUUUUUUUUCUUUUUGACCCAAAAUAGCAAAUAUUUGAAACUUUCAGGUAAUAACAAAUCUUUUUAUUGACCGGUUGAUUUUCUGCCUUUGCAAAAAUAUUGAAUAAAAAAAAACGAAAAUAAGACUUUUUGGAAAACAA